AUGUGCAGGGAAACGUUUCUGUACUUAUGUGAGCAGUUGAGAAAAGACAUUGAACAUGAGUACACGAACAUGAGAAAUUUCAUUUCUCUUGAGAAAAGAAUUGCUGUCACAUUGUGGUGCUUAGCAACGACUAUCGUCUGUCUUAUUGUCCAGAACACAUGUAGGGCCAUCGUUCGUCGACUGAUGCCAGCAUAUAUCAAAUUUUCUUCAGGAGAUGCACUGGAAGCAGCUGUUCAUGGCUUCCAGCAGUUAUUCAAUAUUUCUCCAUGUGCAGGAGCCAUAGAUGGAAGUCAUAUACAAAUUACUCCACCUGUGUUGAAUCACACCAACUAUUAUAAUAGAAAAGGAUGGAAGGCAGAAGAAUGGACGAUUUUAAAUGGACAAAGCAAACAAAUUGAAGGGUGCACCAUACCAGUAUUUCUUAUCGGAGAUUCUGCAUACCCUUUGCUCAAGUGGCUCAUCAAACCUUACCCUGAAAAUGAUCACAUGACAGAACAACGCAGUAACUUCAACUACCAAAUUUCUAGAGCUAGAAUUGUGGUUGAAAAUGCUUUUGGACGCUUGAAGGCCCGCUGGAGGCGACUCAUGAUGAAGAAUGACAUAAACAUUAAAAAUGUCCAUCACGUUAUAGCUGCUUGCUGCGUGUUACACAACUUGUGUGAAAUAAAUGGGGAGUUUUUUGAUGACAACUGGAUCAGUGGGGAUGAAAACGAACUGCAACAGCCAGCCGUUCAAGCGCCCGCAGGUGCACAUGCAUUGCCGAAACCACUUGCAAUUAGAGACGCUCUUGUCAGAAGUUUUGUAAAUCACAAUGACAGAACUACUCAGAACAUGUUUACAGUGUCAACUAUUCGCUAUAGCUAA